AGUUUCUCAGUUUCUUUUUCUCCUUCUUCGCGCACGGUUCACUUUUAGGAAAAAUAGGAAUCGUUCAGUAAAGUCCCGAGAUCUAUUCCCCGACUCGAAUAAAACCAACAUACACAUAUAUCAAUAAACAAAGCGAAGGAAUCCUCAGAGAAUAACGUGUUAAAAGCAGCUAUAAAAUAGAAAAAACAAAAGUGUGCAAUAAGUAAAGAAAGCAGAGACCCAAAGAAAGUUGAAAGUUGCAAACCAGAAUCUCGUCGAGAACAAAAACAAAAAGUCCCCCAAAAACCACACACAAACACACGCACAACAUCAAAAAUGAGUGUCUGUGAGAGCAAAGCCGUUGUGCAACAGCAACUGCAGCAGCACUUGCAGCAACAGGCAGCCGCCGCAGUUGUUGCGGUGGCGCAGCAACAGCAGGCCCAGGCCCAGGCUCAGGCUCAGGCGCAGCAGCAAGCGCAGCAGCAGCAGCAGGCUCCUCAGGUGGUGGUCCCCAUGACCCCCCAGCAUCUGACCCCGCAGCAGCAGCAGCAGAGCACACAGAGCAUCGCCGACUAUCUGGCCCAGUUGCUCAAGGACCGCAAGCAGCUGGCCGCCUUCCCCAACGUCUUCACCCACGUCGAACGACUCCUGGACGAAGAAAUUGCACGCGUGCGCGCCUCACUGUUCCAGAUCAAUGGGGUCAAGAAGGAGCCCCUGACUCUGCCCGAACCCGAGGGCUCGGUGGUGACGAUGAACGAGAAGGUCUAUGUGCCAGUGCGCGAACAUCCAGAUUUCAACUUUGUCGGUCGCAUUUUGGGACCCCGUGGCAUGACCGCCAAGCAAUUGGAGCAGGAGACCGGCUGCAAGAUCAUGGUCCGCGGCAAGGGCUCCAUGCGCGACAAGAAGAAGGAGGACGCCAACCGCGGAAAGCCCAACUGGGAGCAUCUGUCCGAUGACCUGCAUGUCCUGAUAACCGUCGAGGACACCGAGAACCGUGCCACUGUCAAGUUGGCCCAGGCCGUUGCCGAAGUUCAGAAGCUGCUCGUGCCGCAAGCCGAAGGCGAAGAUGAGCUAAAGAAACGUCAACUUAUGGAAUUGGCGAUUAUUAACGGCACUUAUAGGGACACAACAGCGAAAUCUGUCGCAGCUUUUUCAUGCGUUGGCUCUGCUUCUUAUCUGUAUCCCGCAGUGUGCGAUGAGGACUGGCGCCGCCUGAUGGCCGCCUCCGACAGCCGCCUGCUGACGCCCACCGGCCUGCCCGGCCUUGCCGCCCAGAUCCGCGCCCCAGCCGCCGCCCCGCUGGGCGCCCCAUUGAUCCUGAAUCCCCGGAUGACCGUCCCGACAACGGCGGCCAGCAUACUGUCCGCCCAGGCCGCUCCGACAGCCGCCUUCGACCAGACCGGCCAUGGAAUGAUCUUCGCACCGUACGACUAUGCGAACUACGCCGCCCUCGCCGGCAAUCCUCUGCUCACGGAAUAUGCUGAUCAUAGCGGCGCCAUUAAGCAGCAGCGUCGUUUGGCGACUAACCGCGAACAUCCCUAUCAGCGAGCAACGGUCGGAGUGCCAGCCAAGCCGGCGGGUUUCAUUGAAAUACAGUAAAUCGAGAAAGGCAAAUCACUAAAAUCAGAAAGCAUCAUUUUCAAAAAGCAUCAUAUCAGCAGACGCAACUUAAAAACUUUUUAUUUAUAAUUUUUCAAAAAAAACAAACAAACAAAAUCUCGAACAACAGAAAUCCAAGGAUUGUGUGUGCCUGCCCUUAGAUUAUGUUCACCGGGCAACCAAUCAAUUUAGUUGAAUUAUUUUAUCUUUGCGCUAUUUAUUUUGAUAUCUAUGCUGCUCAUAAAGUCGCUCCUCCCCCCAAUCCAUACUGUAUAUCCGAUGAAACCUGGCCGGAAACGUUGGCCAGGCCAGGCCGCUCUGCCCUGAUCAGAGUUCCGAAAACAAUUGUCAAGCGCACCGCCUCCACAGAUGAGCACGGAGUCAGAGCAGCAGCAGCAUCCCAGCCAGGCCAAACGCAGAGCCAAGAGCGUGUUGUGUAUGUGCAUAUCUGAAGCUAACAAAAAACAAAAUCACCAUAACCAAAUGCCAGAAAUCAGAAAACAGAGCCACCACAUGUCACCGACACAACUAGCAAAACACUGAACCCUGAACUCUGAGCCCUUUUGCCACACGAGCAGCAGAUGAAGCACAUGCAACACUUGCAACAAGCUGUAGCACAGGAGCAACAGCGACAGCAAAAGAACAGCAGCAACAUCAGUAUGUAUUGAAUCUUGUGGCCAUUAAACUGUUACGUUUUGCCAGCAACAAGGCAAAGCUAUUAAGCAAACAAUUGAUAAGAGAAUCAAACAUAGAACUUAGUUUAAUUAAAAUAAUCUAAUGGAAAAAGUUAGUUUUUAGUGUAAAAGUUCAACGAACAAAAACAUACUUAAUGCAAACAUAUAUAUAUUAAUAUAAAAUGCAUAUACAAGUCUGUAUAUAAUUACCCCAAAACCCCUUAACGAAACUAAGGAAAAUCAUGUUAACGGAAUCUCAUCCAAGAAACUCUACUCAACCAACAAAACUGUUUUAAUUUUUGUAUACAUCUGCUUUUAAACUCAAAUCGCAAAAAUGAAUCUUUCACUAGUUAAACGUAAACGUUAGCCGUUUCUCCUAUUUUCAUUGUAACCCUUUAAAGGAUUGGGCGAGAAUUAUAUUUAGUUCAAAUCACUAUUAUGUCGGAUACAGAUUUUUCAGCCGUCGAUUAGGCACAAUCUAUUUUUGUUAAACUGACGCAAAUUCUUGUUAAUGAAGUAUUUUUUGAUUAUGUUAUACUACAUCUAUAUUUUCUGUAUAGAUUUUGCACCCCACUUCGAAUUGAUUGUGUGAAAAGUAAGUGGGGUCGAAACAGGAAACAACAAUAUCAUAUUAAACACAUUUAACAGCCAUAUUUAGUUAAUGAAACAAACAUAAUAUGAUGAUAGCAUCAAGCAUUCAUAAUGUAUAAUUUAACGCUAAACUUAAAUUAUUUUAAAUAUUUUAAAGCUAAUGUAUUAUAUGCAGAAAUAAAAAGAAAAAAUUACUUCUUUUAACUAAAUAAUUCUAAAAGCAAUGGCCACAACAAAAAUAAUUCUUUAAUUUAAAAUAAAUAUCACGUGGCCUAUAAUGGGAUCCGCGCAUUGUUCAAACCCCUAACUGAAUAUGUAUCUAUUUUUUUUAAUUCUAAAUGAAAUUCCCAAAAUAAAAAUGCAGAAAGAUUAGCAAAGAACAAAAAUAGAAAGCGAAAGUAAAUUGCAUUUAAUUUAUGGUACAAAGCAACCGCUGCACCCAAUGUAAAGUUGUUGCAAACUUUAUUUUAAAUUAAAGAAUUUUCAUUGAUUUUUGUUGGGAAAAGGAAAUGUUAUAAAUAUGUGCCUUAAACAAAGUGUAUAAUUGGCACCAAUCAAAAUAAUGUUUAAAAAUAAAAUAAAUAAAAAAAGUAUACAGAAAACCUGUUGAAAUUAUUCUGCAAAAUGUGAGACUUAUACUCAGAAACAAAACGAAGUUCAACCAAAUGGCAGUUGACUAACCUUAUAAUAUUAAUACGCAUAAUGUAUAAUUUUUAUUGAUAACAACGGCAAUCGUGCAAUCGUAGCAAACCUUGCUUAUGAUGAGUUCAGAAUUGAUUUUAACAUGAAGGACAUGAAAUCCUAUCGAAGAUUGUGUUACAGAAAGAAAACAAACUUUUUAAAUCAUUUAGUUUUACGCUCAUUACUUUAAUCGAAUGCUGUGCCCCUAACACCGCACCCGAAACAUUAUUCAUACAUCGCCAGCAUUAUCAUUUAAAACUUCAUACUUUCGAGGAGGAAAUCAUUAAUAAGUUGUGAGAUAAUCCAUAUGUUCAAAACCUUAUAAUAUAUCAACUACGCACAUGUAAUUAAUUACAUAUGUACAAGUGUAUGUAUGUACGAUUAUGUAUAACUUUUUGCAUAAAUAAAUGUUUCUAAAAAAAUA